AUGAUUAGUGUCUCCCUGCGAUCAGCAAGACGUACGAAUCGGUUCUCAUACUCGGUUCUUCAACUCGGCGGCCAAGCGGGUAGAGGGGUACUUCCGGACAAAGAGCUAGGCCAUCUAGCCACUGAGUCGAUUGAUCUCCUUCAUUCUAUAGAGCAAAUGUUGGAACCGGGCCAUCUCGUCCUCGCUAAUCAUUUUCUAGGAUAUGUUCAUGCUAAGUGUUUGUGUGCGGCAGUCGAUCUGCGGAUUGCAGACAUCCUUCUAGAUCAAGGGCCACGGACUGUCGAGGAAUUGGCGUCUGCUGGCGAGGCACAGGCAGACCGUCUGGGCCAGGUCAUGAGGGUUCUCUCGAACAAUGCCAUCUUUACCUAUAACCAAAGCACGGCAACAUAUGAGAACAAUCAUACAGCCACUCUCCUGCUGCAUGAUCACUGGACGCAGUGGCAUAACUGGGUUGACCUCUAUGGCAACCAAUUCUAUGACAUGGCACGUGGGAUCCCCAAGUCUUUACAGAAGGGUGUCGCUCGUUGCCCGGCUCAGGUCAACUAUGAUACCGACGACGGGAUGUUCUCUUAUUUCCUCAAGCAAAAUUGGACGGCUCAGCUACACCGCACGCUGGGCGGCGGCGCAACAGCCCAAGCACCAGGUAUUCUAGCUGACUACCCAUGGGCUGAAGUGGCAGACGAGACAAUAAUCGAUAUCGGCGGAGGAGGCGCCGCACUUAUUGCUCUAUUAUUGCGUGCACACUCGACCAUGCGCGGUGGAAUCUUCGAUCUCCUGCAUGUUAUCGACCAUGUUACUCCCUUCUUUCACUCGCCUGACGGCCAGUUCGCGGACCUGGCCGACCGCGUCCCGCGUGAAAAUCUUAUUGCUGGUGAUUUCUUCAAAGCUAUUCCUCCUGCUACAGUGUAUACAAUGAAAUGGACACUGCAUGACUGGAAAGAGCCCGAAGCAGUUACAAUAUUGCGCCUUAUCCGGCAGUCAAUCAUUCCGGGGCCCAAGAGCCGGCUUGUCGUGCUGGAGUCUCUUUUGGCAAAUGGCCGAUCGGCACGCCUCUCUCGGUACGCGGACAUGAACAUGAUGAUAACGGCGAAUGGACUGAAACGAACAGAGGGUGACUGGCGAAAUCUUGCUGAGCAGUCAGGGUGGAGCAUUGUGCGUAUCAUCCCUUUACGCAAUGCAUGGCCUUGUGCAAUUGAGAUGCGGCCAGAUGUACCUCGGGCCAAUGGAUGGAGUAUAUGA